AAUAAAAGCUAAAAAGAUUAAUACAAUAAUAUAUUGGUAACUGAUUACGUUUUACUUUAUCCAUUUUUGGUAUUAAUUGCAAUAUUUUAUUACUAUUGUAUUCAUUAAUGUAUAAAGUAAUUACCUUUUGGUACAGUAGAUGGCAAUAGUUGUCCCACAUGUUGUGUACACACCACCCACCCAGAAGUAGAUGAAGACUACCCGGAUGUACCGCAUCGGAUUGGAUGCGGGGUAAAGGAUGAAUGAGUUUGAGACGUAUGGCACCUUGAUCCGGGGACACACGCACCCGUGCAGCAGGUGGCGGUAUGCACGCCGCCAACACAAAAGAAGCAAAAGGAGAGAAGGAAAAAACAAAGCUCAAACGCAGCAAACAAUUUUGGCGCUUUUAUUUCGGAGGGAUGCGCCGCCCGACUUCCGCCGUCCCUCCAUCUCCAGCGCGGCUAGCUUGACGCAGCGGCGGAGGGAACCGAACGGCAGGCACGGCGGAUCAAUUCGGAGCCACGGCGGGUGAUCGGGAUUCACGCGGCGACGCCGACUGCUGAACCGGCUGUCCUCUGUGACCUCGGCUGUCUCCAGGUGUUAGCCUGAACCCGGCCUGUAUGCAGCCUGACCAGGGCCCAGCCUAAUUCCUGGUGCUCCUCUCCCGCCGCCACCUCCCUCCUUUCCCUACCCUCCUCCUCCCCCCUCCUUUUCCCUCCUCCUCCCCCCUCCCUAUCCCACUCUACCCCCCCCUCCCCUCUCAUACCCCCUCUCCAGCGUUUAGCCUGGACCGACGGCCUGGCCCCCCCCCCUUACAGGUGGAUGAAUGAAGACCCCAUUCAAGAGCCCAGCGGCCCAGCGCCCCCCCGAGCAGACGGGGGACACUCGGGGGUUUCUGCCAACAUGAUGAAGAAGAAGAACUCGCACAAGAAGCAGAGGACCAGCGUUGGUCCCAGUAAGACUCCGGCUCCUCCCAGGAGGAACAUCGUGGGCUGCAGGAUCCAGCACAUCUGGAAGGAGGGCAGUAAGUCGUCCCAGUGGAAGGGGACGGUCCUGGACCAGGUCCCCGUCAACCCGUCCCUCUACCUGAUCAAGUACGACGGCUUCGACUGCAUCUACGGCCUGGAGCUGUACGGGGACGAGAGGGUGGUGGGACUGGAGGUUCUGCCCGACCGAGUGGCUCCGGCCCGCGUCAGCGACUCGCUGCUGGCGGAGACCAUGAUCGGCAAAGCGGUGGAGCACAUGUUCGAGACGGAGGAAGGGCCGAAGGAGGAGUGGAGGGGGAUGGUGCUGGCCCGGGCCCCCAUCAUGACAACGUGGUUCUACAUCACCUACGAGAAGGACCCGGUGCUGUACAUGUACCAGCUGCUGGACGACUACAAGGAGGGGGACCUGCGCAUCAUGCCCGACUCCAAUGACAGCGUGGCGGCGGAGCGAGAGCCCGGCGAGGUGGUGGACAGCCUGGUGGGGAAACAGGUGGAGUACGCCAAGGAGGACGGGGGCAAGAGGUCGGGGAUGGUCAUCCACCAGGUGGAGGCCAAGCCCUCCGUCUACUUCAUCAAGUUCGACGACGACUUCCACAUUUACGUCUACGACCUGGUGAAGACCUCCUAAGACCAGGACAAACACCCCGCCAAAAUAAAACAGGACCUGCUGAGACACCUGCUUGGACCCAUGAACCCCCCCCCUCCCCCGGUGAAGAAAAUACUCUCUGUGGACGCUAGAGACACUCGAGACAGAUGAUGAUGUUCUCUACUCGUUCUUUGUGGAAUGCCUUAAACACAAGUUUAUGUAAUACCCCCCC